ACUUAACAACAUAAGCUAUAGCUACUGGCUAGCAGCUCCAGUCUUUUUCGAGUCUUUUUUAAAAUCUAAUUUGUCCGUCAGUGGUUUUUAUUUGUUUUCUGUACGACUGCAGAAAAACGCGAGAACGCUGCAUGGAUUCACGGAUAAUUUGGCGACUGUGAAGAACCGUGCAGGACCGCUACUGCCGAGAAUGAGUCCCAAACAGACGGACUGACAGGCUUCAUCCAGCCAUUCAAUUCGGCCUGCAAUGCCUGAACCAGAUGUCCAGCAGGUGUUUAUUAAAGAAGAAGAACCCGAUGAAUGGAGCUCCAGUUUACACCAUCAAGACCCCAAGCUUCACAUUAAGGAGGAAGAGGAGGAACUCUUGGCCAGUCCAGGUGGAGGGAUAACCAGCUUUCCAUUCGCUCUUGUUACUUUAAAAAGCGAAAAAGAUGAAGAAGAACAUCUGUCUUCGAGUAUUUAUCAAAACAAAAUUGAAGACUGUGAAGAUGAAAAGCCUUCUACCAGCAGAUCAACUAAACAAAGAGAAGAUGUGAAAGUGAACAACCCUGAUUUAAAACUUGUUACUGCAAGAAAGGCUGGAGUCUUAAAUAGUGAUAAUGCUAAUUAUGAAGACUGGCAGAUCCCUUUAUCAGAAUAUGGACCUGAAAAUGAAAGUAAUAAGGGUUGUUUUAAAGAAAUUAAGGUGCCUGAUGCAAAUAAUGAGGUAGAAGGUAACAAUGCCAAACAAUCGUUAACCUGCCCUAAACACACAACAGACCAUUCCGAUAAAAGUUCCACUUCCUGUUUGUGUAAUAAGAAAGGCCCUACAUUGAAGCUAAAUAUGGAUUCUGAAAUGGAAGCUCACAUAGGAGAGAAACUAUUUGAUCAUGAGGUUUGUGAUAAAAUAUUUAAUCAAGAAAGACCUCCAAAUAUUGAUACAAAAGACCACACAGAGGAGGCACCAUUUGAUUGUGAUGUGUGUGGUAAAGCAUUUACUGUUAAGGGAAGUCUUAACAGACACAUGCGAAUUCACACAGGAGAGAAACACUUUAGUUGUGAUUUUUGUGGUAAAAAAUUCGGACAAAAGGCACAUAUUAACAGGCACAUGAUCAUCCACAAGGGGGACAAACCGUUUGUCUGCGAUGUUUGCGGUAAAACAUUCAACGCAAAAGCAAAUCUUAACGUGCACAAAAGAAUUCACACGGGGGAGAAACAGUUUGGUUGUGAUGUUUGUGGAAAAACAUUCA